UUUGCAGGUAGAGCUCCCCAACGGAGUACCAUGUGAAGGUCUGACAGAGCCCCUUGAUUCGUGGGACAGGAGAGACGUCCCUCUUUCAGUCCAGAAGGGGAAAAUUCUUUGAACGUUUUUGUCUGCUUCAGUAGGCUCUUAAAGUAUCGUCUUCACCUGAACCACAGGGGCACGUGCCUGAGCCAGUUUGCCCACUGUGGGGAAAGGAAGUCUCAGGAGGCAUUCCGCACGCCAUGGCGAAACCGUGGAAGUGUGGGGAUUGCGGGAAAGGAUUCCGCUCCCCCUCCGUGCUGGAGAUCCACCGCCGUGUCCACACUGGGGAGAGGCCGUUCAGCUGCUCCGAGUGCGGGAAGGGCUUCACCCAGUCGUCUAUCCUGCUGACCCACCAGCGUUUCCACACCGGCGAGCGGCCCUUCACCUGCCCCGUCUGCGGCAAGUGCUUCACCCAGUCGUCCACCCUGCUGACCCACCAGCGGGUUCACACCAGGGAGCGGCCCUUCACCUGCUCCAUCUGCGGCAAGGGCUUCACCGACUCCUCCCACCUGCUGACCCACCAGCGGGUCCACACCGGGGAGAGGCCGUUCAGCUGCUCGGUCUGCGGCAAGAGCUUUACCCAGUUGUCCAACCUGCUGCGGCACCAGCGGCUCCACACCGGGGAGCGGCCCUUCACCUGCUGCGUCUGUGGCAAGGGCUUCACCGACUCCUCCCACCUGCUGACCCACCAGCGGGUCCACACCGGGGAGAGUCCAUUCAGCUGCUCGGUCUGCGGCAAGAGCUUUACCCAGUCGUCCAACCUGCUGCAGCACCAGCAGGUCCACACCGGGGAGUGGCCCUUCACCUGCUCUGUCUGCGGCAAGGGCUUCGCCCGCUCGUCCGACCUGCUAACCCACCAGCGGGUCCACACGGGGGAGCGGCCGUUCAGCUGCUCGGUCUGCGGCAAGAGCUUCACCCGCUCGUCCACCCUGCUGCGGUACCAGCGGCUUCACACCGGGGAGCGUCCCUUCACCUGCUCCGUCUGCGGCAAGAGCUUCUCUCACUCGUCCACCCUGCUGCGGCACCAGCGGCUUCACACCGGGGAGCGGCCCUUCACCUGCUCCGUCUGCGGCAAGGGCUUCACCCAGUCGUCCCACCUGUUCUCACACCAGCAGGUCCACACCGGGGAGCGGCCCUUCACCUGCCCCGUCUGCGGGAGGGGCUUCGCUUCCUCUCAGCACCUGCUGCGGCACCAGCGGGGGCACAAGUGACGGGGCCAGCCGCUGUGGAUCCAAGAUUUCACUCUCUGACCCAUUGAGUCUCCAGUCAGGUCCUUCAGCUCAACUGGUCUCUCUCAGUAUUUCUGACCCAUGUGAGCCUCUACGCACCUCCCCUUCACUCGCUCACACUUGAUUUCCCUUACAGCAGCAUUCCCUUCAGUUCCUUUCUCCCUGACGUCUGUAACCAGCUUCUCCUUAAAUGCCGUCCACCUCGACCUGCUACUGUGGGGGUCAUUCCCGCUGCAGAUAGAGGUCUCUCCUUUGUAACCUCUUCAAAAGAUUUACCGCUGACUUCCCCCUUCAGUCUUUUCCAUUUCUGGGUCUUCCCGCUGUUGCGAAACUUGGAAGGGUUCAGAAAAGAUUUACAAGGAUGUUGCCAGGGUUGGAGGAUCUGAGCUACAGGGAGAGGCUGAACAGGCUGGGGCUGUUUUCCCUGGAGCGUCGGAGGCUGAGGGAUGACCUUAUAGAGGUUUACAAAAUUAUGACCGGCAUGGAUAGGAUAAAUAGGCAAAGUCUUUUCCCUGGGGUUGGGGAAUCCAGAACUAGAGGGCAUAGGUUUAGGGUGAGAGGGGAAGAUAUAAAAGAGACCUACAGGGCAACGUUUUAAUACAGAAGGUGGUGUGUGUAUGGAAUGAGCUGCCAGAGGAUGUGGUGGAGGCUGGUACAAUUGCAACAUUUAAGAGGCAUUUGGAUGGGUACAUGAAUAGGAAGGGUUUGGAGGGAUAUGGGCCGGGUGCUGGCAGGUGGGACUAGUUUGGGUUGGGAUAUUUGGUCGGUAUGGACGGGUUAGACCGAAGGGUCUGUUUCCGUGCUGUACAUCUCUUGACAAAGCCUUGUCUGAGGGUGAAAUGUUGUCAUUCCCGUUGAUGCGGGUGGUCCCCUGUCUGUUGUCCUUUUUGUUUCCUUUCGCGGAAAGGGCGUCGCGGACAUGGGCAGCGUUCCCGAGCCCCGCUCCGGAACGGGCUGUUCCGUCCUCUUCCAGCCCCCGGGGGGG